AUGCGUAAAGGCAGAAGCCGGUCGGGUCCGGGAGCUAUCGGAGGCCCGGCAGCCCCGCCCCCGUCGUCCGCGCCGAGCUUCCCUCCUCGCCCCGGCGGGCCCGCUUCCCCUUCCGGAGGCAACGGCUGGCGCCGGCGCCCCUCAGCCUUUGCCGAGUCGGCUCCAGCGGCGAGCAUGGCCACCCCGAGCAGCGCGGCCGCCCUGCGCCUCUGCGCCACAGGUAUGGCCGCGCGCGGGGCGGGGGGGCAGGCUCGCCCCGGGCCCGUGGAUGGCCUGCGGGGGCCACCGGGUCGUCCGCGCCCCCGGAGAGGCCGCGCCAUCUUCCGGCGGCCGGACACCCGGGUGUUGUGGCGCACACCUGUUGUCUUACUUGAUGUGGCUUUCGGUAAAAGUGUUAUACCAGACUUAGAUGACUCGUUUAAAGAAAGUCGAAAGGAUGACAUUUGGCUUGUAGAUUUUUAUGCACCCUGGUGUGGCCACUGUAAAAAACUGGAGCCAAUUUGGAAUGAAGUUGGGAUUGAGAUGAAGAAUAUGGGUUCUCCUGUGAAGGUCGGGAAGAUGGAUGCUACUUCCUAUGCCAGCCUUGCUGCAGAGUUUGGAGUCCGCGGUUACCCAACGAUUAAGCUAUUGAAGGGGGACUUGGCAUAUAACUACAGAGGACCUCGGACUAAAGACGACAUUAUUGACUUUGCUCACAGAGUUUCUGGUGCCCUAAUCCGACCACUUCCAAGUAAGCAGAUGUUUGAGCAUGUGCGAAGGAGACACCGAGUAUUUUUUGUUUAUGUAGGUGGAGAGUCACCUUUGAAGGAGAAAUAUGUAGACGCUGCUUCAGAGUUAAUUGUCUACUCGUACUUCUUUGCUGCCUCAGAAGAGGUGGUUCCUGAGUCGGUGGUGCUGAGAGAGAUGCCAGCUGUGCUUGUUUUCAAAGAUGACACGUACUUCAUUUAUGAUGAGUUUGAAGAUGGUGACCUGGAGUCGUGGAUCACCAGGGAGAGGUUUCAGAACUACCUCACCGUGGAUGGCUUCCUCCUGUACGAGCUCGGAGACACAGGAAAGCUCGUGGUAAUUGCAGUUAUUGAUGAGAAAAACACGUCAGUGGAACAUACAAGGUUAAAGUCAGUUAUCCAGGAAGUUGCCCAGGAUUACAAAGCCCACUUCCGCAGGGAUUUUCACUUUGGCCAUAUGGAUGGGAAUGAAUAUAUAAAUAGCUUGCUGAUGGAUGAAUUGAUGGUCCCAACUGUAGUUGUUCUGAACACUUCAAAUCAGCAAUACUUUUUACUGGACAGACAGAUUCAGAGUGCUAAGGACAUGGUCCGGUUCAUCGACAGCAUUUUGAACGGCACCGUGGAAGCACAAGGAGGUGAUAGCAUCUUGCAGAGAUUGAAAAGAAUCGUGUUUGAUGCCAGAACUACUGUGGUGUCAAUCUUCAAGAGCUCGCCGCUGAUGGGCUGCUUCCUCUUUGGCCUGCCAUUGGGUGUCAUCAGUAUCAUGUGCUAUGGCAUCUACUCGGCUGACACAGACGGGGGCUACAUAGAGGAGCAGUAUGAACUCUCGAAAAGUGAAAUGGAAAGCCAAGAGUUGACGGAAGAGAACCAAGAACAGCAGGAACCGAGUGGGGAAGCCUCAGCCAUGCAGACGAUGCACGAACCCAAAGAUGCAUCAGAAAAGAAGAAGGAUUGA